AUGUUGUUAGAGGAUCAGAGGUUCCUCCACGAGGACCUUGAGCGCUUGGAGCAAGCUAUUACCGAACGUGUCGCAGAAGACCCAAGAAACAUCAAAGAUCGACUGAACAGAGAUCAUCAAAUCAACAAUUUCCUCACACGAGUGCAAGACCAGUCAAAGCGGCUGCUAGACCUCUACAAGGAUGCUGACGGGUCGCGGCUCAGAGAAGUCCAGAGCCUCACGGCCGGAGAUCCCUUCGAUCAAUUCUAUAAGCAACUAGAGGAAGUCAAGGAUUUCCAUCGUCGCUAUCCCAAUGAGCCCGUCGAGAACCUUGAGCGCGCAUACAAAAGGAGACGACCUGAGGAGGGCGAGCCCAUUACUUCCGAGAUUGAUAACAUGUUCACUGGAGAAGAGUCGAACGGUCGCUUUCUCGACCUCACAUCGCUACACGAAGACUAUCUCAACCUACCUGGGGUGAAGCGCCUUAGCUACCUCCAAUACCUAGAUAAUUUCGACGCCUUUGAAGCUCCCCGAAUGCCCAUCAAGAGACAGAACAAAGUAACUGAUGAAUACCUGAAAUACGUGGCGGAUCUAGCUAGUUACCUUGAGGGUUUUGUGCGGCGGACGCGACCCCUGGACGACCUCCAGAAGACUUUUUUGCGUCUUGACAGAGAUUUCGAAACCGCAUGGGAAGCAGGUACCGUCCCUGGCUGGACCAAAGAAACGGCACCAGGCGCCGGCGCAGCCGGUCCACAAACAGAAGGCACAGGCUCGGGAAUAUGGUGUUCAGACUGCGAAAAAGAAUUCAGCAAUCAGAACGUGUACAAAGCACAUCUGACGGGCAAAAAGCAUAUUCGCAAUGCUGAAGCUAAGAAGUCUCACACACAGACGAACGGCGCCACGAAUCCCUCGGCAAUCUCUCUCUCCGGCACUCAGCUAAAGGAACGAGUGAUUGCAUCUCACGAACACCGUAUACGCGCCCUAGCAGACAUGCUGUCUAACGAACGCAGCAACACCAGAGUCAAUGUCGAGCGCAAACAAGGCAUGACUGAGCGCGAGCGGCAAGCGGAACUCGACGCGUUGUUCGCCGAGGACGACGCUGCAGUGGCGGCAUCCGAGCGCCAUCGCGGUGGGGGUGACGACUCUGGUUCUGAAUCAGACGGUGGCGAAAGGAUCUACAACCCGCUCAAACUGCCGCUGGCCUGGGACGGCAAACCUAUACCAUAUUGGCUGUACAAGCUGCACGGUUUGGGCGUCGAGUUCACCUGCGAGAUCUGUGGCAACUUCGUGUACAUGGGCCGUAGGGCGUUCGACAAACAUUUCAGCGAGGCACGGCACAUCUACGGCUUGAAGUGUCUCGGCAUCACUGGCCAAGGGACCGGUGGCCUAAGUUUGUUCCGUGAGAUCACGGGUAUCCAAGACGCGCUGAAUCUCUGGGAGAAAAUCAAGCGUGAGAAGCGGGACAAGGAGAGCAAAGAGGACAGCGUCGUCCAGAUGGAGGACGGCGAGGGCAACGUCAUGCCCGAGAGGAUCUAUCUGGAUCUGCAGAAGCAGGGCAUCUUGUAA